GGAGGGCGGGGAGGGGGAGCGGAGGUGGCGCGGCGCCGGCCGCAGGGGGCAGCAGCUCCACGCGCGCCAACGGCCUCUCACCGACUGAGGCGCGCGGGGGCUGGGCCGGCCGGGCACAAUAAGGCGCCAGGGCGCAUGCGCCACCUGUCAGCGCGGCCCCGCCCCCGCGCCGCGGCGGAGCGUUAACCCCUGCGGGCCUGGGCGGUGUGCGAGGGGGUGUCCGCGUCGUUCCUUCUGAGAUUCUCACAUCUGGUUAAUACAGUCUCAGCUCAUCUUGUAAUGGACUUGCAACAGUUCUGGACUUUGUGAACCUUGAAUCUGAAGUCAUGUGAUGCAGUGAUCUAAGUUGAGUACAGAAGAGUCUGUUGGGCUGCCAAAGCCAAAAGACAACCUACAGCAAUUCCGAGUUGUGGAAGAGACAUAGCAACCUUUGGGAUUAUUGCUUAGCAACUGCAAACACACAGAGGAGUAAAACUCACAGCCGGGAUCCACAGCAGGUCUGAGAAAUCCCUAAUUCACUUUAAGAUUUUUAAUACUUGAGAACAGAUGGGCAUAUAUUAAAUUCCUGUUCAUUUGCAAAGCCACUUUGAAAGCAGGAGGACUAAGAUCUAUUUUGAUACGUGCUCCAAAGUGACUGAGGGAUGGCUGCUCAGCCAGAAGAAGCAGCAGGUCUAAAACAUCCCAGACUUGGAGAAAAUAAUACGACUGCCAGAGAAAGGAAGAGAAAUCAGGGGAGUGAUGAGCUUCCCUGUUUCAGUAAUUAUGCUCUGUGGAAAGAGUGUUUUUACGAAAAGGUACAGCAGAGGUGUCUGAGUCUGCAGGAGGCAAAGGUGAAGAUGAUUCAUGCACAAAAGGCAAAGGAAGAAAAGGUAAAAAAGAGAGAACCCUGUGACUGGCUGCCCAGAGAGUGGUUCAGUGAAGAGACAGACUCACUAGAUACUCGCAUCUAUUUGCUUGACAAACUCCUACCAACAUUAAUCCCAGGAGUGGAAAAACUGUUAAUGGAAGUGGAAAGAAAGAAUGUGCUUGCACCAGACAAAGAACCAACUGAAUUCAACCCCAUUAUUUUUCUCGGAGAGUAUCUGAUGAGACAUAACCCUCAGUAUGGUGUUUCUACAAAACCAGGCCCAUACCUGAGAGGAAUGAAGGUGGUCACGAAGGAGAUAAAAACUAAGAUGCCAGGUACAGCAUCGGAGAGGCUGGCCAGCAUGAAGUCUGAGGCAGAAAACAUACGUAAGGAAAGGCAGCAGGUGGAAAAUAUGAAGGCUCAGGUGAAGGAGAUGAGAAAGGAGGCGCUGGCAAUUCAGUUCAAGGAGUGGACAGUGGAUAUCAGUGGCAGAAUACCAGUCGCACUGGUUCAGAGUGCCCUGAGGUCUUUUCUGGAUGUCGUUGCUUCUAUUCCCACAGAUGCGGGAAAAGCAAUCUAUGUCAAGAAGCUGGAAAUCAUAGACACAUUGGGAAAAAAAGUAAACAUAGAUGAAUUCGCAGAGUAUGUCCAUUCCUACACUGAACAUUUUUCAGAUGACAUGUUCCAAGAAAUCCUGAAGCAUCUCUCUCAGUGCGCUGAAGACUUCAAAGGAGCAAUAAGACAUGAUAUGUGGAGGCAGAUGUUUACUGAUCUCUUCCUAGAUUGUGAUUCUGGAAAGGUUGGUCUCUUAGAUAGACAAAGAAUACUUGCCCUCCUCGUAGACUUCUAUGACAGAAGCUCCGUGAUCAUGAAAAGGAGAUUCCGUAACCCAAGACAGUGGCCAAUAAUUGAGCUGCAAGAGAUUGAGCUGGUGGAUUUAUGGGGAGUCCUCGAUGACCAGGAAGUUUGUGAGGAAUUCAGUGAAAAGUUGGUCUUGUCUCAAACAGAAAUUUCUGAGGGAGAGAUUUUAGCAUAUCAACCUGUGUCGGUGGUGAAAAGCGCUGAAUUUGAAGAGAAUGAUUUGGAUGGAGACACAAAACAUACUGAGAAAUCCAGUUUCCAGGAAGACAUUGAAACUGCGAGGCAAAGUGAGUGUGCAAGUGCAGACAGACAAGAGGAAGAUUUCCCAGGAUCUGACUCCACUGGGAACAGUCUCAGUAGAGAUGGAGAACCUGGAUCUGAAAAACAAGUGGAGGAAGAGGAAUUUGGCCUGGGUACAAAGCCUGAUACAGAAACAAAUAUGGAAGAAGAUCAUCCUGUCUCAGACAGAGAACCUGGCACAGAAGGGCAAGUUAGUCAGGAGGAAGACGAUGGCAUUGCAGAGACAACCAACAUGACUGCAGGACCAACACCUGAAGCUACAGCCAUGACCUCAGAGGACAAAGCUGUGGCAGACAUGGAUGUCAUUGCUUCAGAACAGAAUGCUCCAGUUGCAGAGGUUGUGAAAGAAACUCCUGCAAGAAAAGAGAGUUUUUCCAGGCAGCAUGGCAGCCAGUUUGGCCGACAGACAAGCUCAGAGACAAGACUGAAGGAUGAGGACCUUCUGCAAGACCAGAAUAAAGGUCCAGCACCCCCAGACAGGCAGGACUCUCCAGCUGAAGCUGGCCAGGAGUCUGAAGUGCCGUGGUCAGGUGAUCUUCUGACGUUAGACCUAAGUUGCAGGCAUAGCAGCUAUGGGGGAAGAAUUCCAGAAGACUGGAAGUGUAAGGCCACUAGAUUUCCAGACUUAGGUCCCAUCAUGGCAGAGAUUCAGAACCGCUGGGCUUCUCGUACUAGGAGUGCCUUUGAUGAAAGCUGCCUCAACCUGCCCCAGUUUGUGCAGCUCAUGGAGACAUUUGUUGGUGAAGACAUUUCUCUGCCUACUCUGAAGAGGCUUAAUGCAUUUAUCAAAGAAGAAUACAAACAGACAGAGGAGGAAAAAACAGAACAGCUAGAAAAAGUUCACCAUGUCUCUCACUUGGCCCAACGGAAACUGCUUUUGGAGGCACUUUUCGAAAAGUGGGACAGCAAUGCGUCUGGGUUUCUGGACCUAGAAGAGGUGGAUGCUGUUCUAAGCACAUUCAAGGAAGGGAUGGAAAAAGAGGCCUUGAGGAAGGCGAAGAAACACCUUUGCUCCCGUUACCCAGAGCUCAGCAGAGCAGGGAAGCUAUCCCCAAAGGCAUUCCAGCUCUUCCUUGAGUUAAUUGCGUCUGAGUUUGCUGGUGAUAAGGAUGAAGCUAUUGAUAACUUGGUGGAAUUUCUGACCGAAAGCAUAAAACAAAGUCACAUGGAGAGCCUGCAAAGCUUAACCAGGAGGAAAUGGCUGCACGAUAUCCAGCAAGCAGCCGAGACCAGUGGAGCAAACAUGGACCCAGUUUACAAAGCCGUGUUUAAGGCCCUCUUGCAGGAUGCAGAAGCCCAUGGGGAUAACAAGAAGAUCAGCGCAUAUAUUGCCCUUUUGGAAGAGAACCGGCUCUCACCAGAGCGGGGACAGGCUCUCCUGCACUAUGUGGCAUGUACCACGGAUGACGCUCCAUAUGUUUUAAACCAGAUACUUUACAGGGACAUGAAAGGAGUCAGUUUUGAAGCUGUCGAAGGGGGAAAGCCAAUCCAUGUUCCAACAGUUCAGCUCCACGGAAAUAUCCACUUUUGGAACUACAACCGCCCAGUGGAGGAGAGAAAAGGCUCAUUCCUGGUACUGCCAUUGCACGAUGCUCGCUGGAGAGUCUUUGGCAUUCUAGGACUUGACACCCUUCGUGACCAGUGUGAGAAAACCAUCUUUCUGACCCAUGAGAUCAGUUUCUAUCAGGGAGUUGCUCAUGCAUUCAGCAAAGCCUACCACCAUAUCUUCACACUGGAAAAAGUUCUACGAAUGGCAGUUACUGCUCUGGACUGGUUGUAUCCCAGGGCACCCAGCAUCCACACCGUUACAGUGUACCUGCUGGAGCCUGGCAAGGACAAGACAUGGGACUAUGCUCUGUGCAAGAUGAUUACCACAGAUAAUACAGGGCAAAAAGAAAUUCAUAGCUCUCCUGUUCUUCUCCUCAGAGAAGAAAACCUCCUAAGAGAUUACCUGUUUAAGUGCAUAGACAGUUCAGAGGUCAUUCGCACUUGUGUCUGUGGAGAACACCACAUUGCAGUACCUCUCCGUGACCUAUCAGGACAAGCUCUUGGGAUAUUUGAUAUCAGUGUUGGACAGCACCAGAAAUUACCACCUCAUGAACACAAAGACCUGCAGAAAAUGUUAAAGAUGGCCCAAGCUGCCUGCUCUGAGAUACUGAAAAUAUCUGCAGAGGAAACAGAACCUACCUAUGUACUGGAGGCAGAACAUGUGGCAAAGUUGAGGCAUGGAGAGAUUCUGUUCCACCGGUUCAUGCUGCAGGACCUGCGCGAGUGUGUCCGGAAACUCAAUGCUGAGAGCUUUGCUGAAAUAAAGAGCUGUGCAGAACCGCCAGCCCUGGUCCAUACCAUAGUUAAGGCCGUGCUGUUGCUCUUCCAUCCAGACUGGAAGGGCUCAGAGAAGACUGAGAACUGGAGUCAGUGCAUUCGGAAUCUUGAUGACAAUUUGAUUCAGGAGAUUUAUUGUUUUGAUCCAACUGCUGCAUCUGUGCAAGUUCAAGCAGAGCUGGUGCUGGACUGCAUCACUGGUGUCCCCAGCGCGGCGGCGCGGCAGCGCGGCUGGGUCCCGGCUGAGCACCUGCACCACUGGGUCCACACCUGCCUGUCGCUGGCAGAGAUCGCCAGGAGCCUGCGCAGCAAAACCCCUCCGUCUUCAGCCCCUCUGCGCACCCGGUUCUCCUGUGCCUCCGAUUAAACAUCGUCCUUCCUCAUCUAACCCUGGUGAUUCCGGCAUUUGACAUCUUUCCUUCAACUGACUGUUGUUUUUUGUAUUUUUCUCAUGCAUAGCUACAAAGCAUUUGUUAUUAAGAUGAUAGGAAGUCUGUUAGGGGUUAUUAAGAUGAUAGGAAGUCUGUUAGGGGUUAUUAAGAAAAAGCAAUACAAACAUUUUGCUGGUGUAACUACUACAUUUUAAAAGCUUCAUUAAAAGGUUUUGUUGUUUUGUUUUGUGUUUGGGGUUUUUUUUAAUUAAUUCUGAUGGGAAAAAAGAGAGAGACAGGGACAAGUUUAUGACUUCCAAGCUACAAUACUCAUAAAUGAUACAGCAAAAUUUUUCAAGAUUCAGUUUCCUUAAAUUACCUUUUAGGUAUAAUUUUAAGUGAAGGUGGUUAAUCAGCAUUUUGUGAAGUUCUUUUGAACAUGUUGCAGAGAAGCCCUACACUUUUCAUUAUAGCAAAAAAAAGCUUUCUUAUUGGGAUGAAGCUUGAGAUUACAGCCCACUGAACUGUCGGCUGCAAGAUUUCAUCUUUCCAAUAACGUUUCUUUUGGCAGAAUCACUUUUUUAAUAAAUAUUUGGGAAAUUAAA